AUGAACAUUAAUAACUUUUUAUUUAAUGUUGUUAAAAAUGUAUAAACACAUAAUAGAAUUUUAGAAGAAAACUAAAUGUGGAACUAAAAAGUUAAAAAAGAAAUAACAAGUGAAGAAGUGUAAAAUGAAUUGGAAAAAGAAAUAAAUUAUUUGGAUGAAUCAAAUGCUAAAUUAUUAGAACAAAUAGAAGACUAUUAAUAAAAAAUAAAAAACAAUAAAUUAUAAAAUGAUGACUAUAUAAAUAAAUUAGAAAAAGAAUUAGAAAGAUAUAAAAAAGAUAUAAAUGAAAGUUAAGAAAAAUGUAUAUAUUUAUAAAAAAAAACUAUUGAACUUGAAAAUGAAAAUGAUAUUUUAACACAAUAAAAUAGAAAUUUUGAAUCUAUUGUUAAUGAUUUAGAAGUAAAAAUCGAUUUAUAUUUAGAAGAAUUAGCAAUGGUAUAAACUGAAUUAGAACGAAAGUUAAGAUUAUAAUGA